GAUUAUCUUGAAAGCAGAAACUUUCUUGCUGUAUUUCCGCCCUAACUGUUUCGCUCUCUGUCACGCUCGCCUGUCACGGCGGCUAGAGCGAAACAGCAAUCAACAUAGCCGCACAUUUCGCGCCUCCUGACAUCGUUUCGUUUGCUAACCUGGGCUCCUCUCGUCAGCUAGAGCGUUUUUUCCGUCGUGUGGUCAAGCUUUCUUUCUUGCAAAGUUUCAUCAGAAGAACGCCUUGAAGAACUCAGGAUCCCAGCGGAAUAGCAACAAAAGCGCGAACGAUCAACGGGACACAUUCAUCUGUAAUAUUCGGCUUCCUUUUCUAACGAGUGAAAACAAUUGUCAACAACAAUGGCGGAAGGAGAUAUGCCCACUUUCAAAUGCGUGCUGGUUGGCGACGGCGGUACCGGCAAAACGACCUUCGUCAAACGCCACAUGACGGGUGAGUUUGAGAAGAAAUACGUCGCCACCCUCGGCGUAGAGGUGCAUCCACUGGUAUUCCACACGAACCGUGGAGCCAUCCGUUUCAAUGUAUGGGACACGGCCGGGCAGGAAAAAUUUGGCGGGCUUCGCGACGGCUACUACAUCCAGGGACAGUGUGCCAUCAUUAUGUUCGACGUCACGUCACGAGUAACCUACAAAAACGUUCCCAACUGGCAUCGCGAUCUGGUGCGCGUUUGCGAAAACAUCCCGAUCGUGCUGUGCGGCAACAAAGUAGACAUCAAGGAUCGUAAAGUGAAGGCCAAGUCGAUCGUGUUUCACCGGAAGAAGAACCUACAGUACUACGACAUUUCCGCAAAGUCCAACUACAACUUCGAGAAACCUUUCCUGUGGCUGGCUCGCAAGCUGGUCGGCGACCCGAACCUGGAGUUCGUUGCAAUGCCUGCCCUGCUUCCACCGGAAGUGAAGAUGGACAAGGAUUGGCAGGUGCAGAUCGAGAAGGAUUUGGAGGAAGCACAGGCAACGGCUCUGCCCGACGAGGACGAAGAUUUGUAAACCUUCCUUCUUCUAGCGCGAAGCAGCACGGGCACAGAGAGAGUCACGUGACCGAGCGUGUUUUUGUAAUUUGCAUUAUAAAGGAAACAGUUAGGUCUAUGGCGGUGUUCAAACCCAGCUAGCUAGCAAAGCAAACUUACUGGAGGGAAGGCGGAGGUUGCGUUACAUUUAAUCCCAAGAUGUGGUGGAGUGGUGCAGAACAGUAGGGCUAGACAGUCGAGGACGUUUGAAGGAACAUAGGCAGAUCAUUCAAUCACCUUUUGGAGUACAGAAUUGUAGAAAACGGCAGGAUAUUAUGCGUAAAGCUGAUCACCGGAAUUGGCAUCAUUUUUGUGUUUUUGCUUUGGUUCGAAAGGGCGUCGCGUUUAGCUAGGGGGGAUUUAAAGAACAGAAUUGAAAUAUUGCGCGUUCAUCAUACAUCGGUUCAACCUAGGGGCUGCUGAGAACGGUAAAUUUGGCACCGUUUUUGCAUAUAGGCGUACAAGACAGCAGGAAUGUUUGAGUUCCCUUUAAUUUUAAUGUUACUGUAUCGAUGGAAGGAGUAGGAGGUAUAUCGGAGAGAUUGAAAAAUACAGAAGCUCAUGCAAGAUUCCAAACUCGUAACAAUACCAUGGUGGGAUAAUUAUCCUGUUGCUUUUUUUGAGAAAUUAUGCUUCAGUUUCCCAAACGUAUUGCUUUAGCACUGUCUGGCUUGCUUGGCGGUGUUGUGACUGUCCCCCCUGGAUGUUUGUGAGAACGGUACGUAAUUGAAUUACGCAGGCUAGAAGAGGAGGUACUCUCGCACUGUAAUAAUUAAGCAAUGGUUUGAGCAUUCGAAUGAUGAUGAGUUUGAGAGAUGCAUGUCCUAGUACGAGAAGGCUGCAGGGACUGCGUGAGAAAUGGAUAAUUGUGUGUUAAUAAAGAUCCUUACAGGAAGCGAA